GGCAUUGUGGAACCUUAACUGCUAAGGAUGGCUAAUCUGAUGUCUCAGAGUUUGGUGACUUAUGUGGAAGAAGAAAAUGUUCCAGCUUUGAAAGCAUUUCUUGAAAAGUGCAAAGAUGUGGAUGAGAGGGACGAGAAUAGUCAGACUCCUUUAAUGCUAGCUGCAGAGCAAGGCAAUUUAGAAAUUGUCCAAGAACUGAUAAAGAAAGGCGCCAAUUGUAACUUGGAAGAUUCAGAUAACUGGACAGCUCUUAUCUCUGCAGCUAAAGAGGGGCAUACUGAUAUUGUAUCAGAACUCCUCGCAUGCAAUGUGAAUAUAGAACAUCGAGACAUGGGUGGUUGGACAGCCCUUAUGUGGGCAUGCUACAAAGGUUGUACUGAAGUAGUUGAACUGCUUCUUGAAAGAGGAGCAAAUCCAAACAUCACUGGUAUACAAUAUAGUGUGUAUCCAAUAAUUUGGGCAGCAGGUCGAGGCCAUUCUCGUAUAGUGCAAGUGUUGCUGCACCACGGAGCUAAAGUCAACUGCUCUGACAAGUAUGGUACUACACCAUUGGUAUGGGCAGCAAGAAAAGGACAUCUGGACUGUGUAAAGUAUUUGUUGCAGAUGGGAGCAGAUGUAGAUCAGGAAGGAGCUAAUUCUAUGACUGCUCUUAUUGUAGCAGUCAAAGGUGGCUUUACAGAUUCAGUGAAGGAAAUCCUGAAAAGAAAUCCAAAUGUGAACUUAACAGAUAAAGAUGGAAAUACAGCUUUGAUGAUUGCUUCAAAGGAGGGACACAUAGAAAUUGUGCAGGAUCUCCUAGAUGCAGGAACUUAUGUGAAUAUUCCUGAUCGAAGUGGAGAUACUGUGCUGAUUGGGGCGGUCAGAGGUGGUCACGUUGAAAUUGUGAGAGCAUUGCUUCAUAAAUACGCUGAUAUAGACAUCAGAGGUCAGGAUAAUAAAACAGCUUUAUAUUGGGCUGUUGAAAAGGGAAAUGCUACCAUGGUAAGAGAUAUUUUGCAGUGUAAUCCAGACACUGAAAUAUGUACAAAGGAUGGUGAAACACCUCUUAUAAAGGCAACCAAAAUGAGAAAUAUUGAAAUCGUAGAGCUUCUGCUGGACAAAGGAGCAAAAGUUUCUGCUGUAGAUAAGAAAGGAGACACUCCACUUCAUAUUGCUAUUCGUGGCAGAAGUCGUAGGCUUGCAGAAUUGCUUUUACGAAAUCCUAAAGAUGGCAGGCUACUUUAUAGGCCUAAUAAAGCUGGUGAAACCCCUUACAACAUUGAUUGCAGCCAUCAGAAAAGUAUUUUAACUCAAAUCUUUGGUGCUAGGCACUUGUCUCCUACUGAAUCAGAUGGAGAUAUGCUGGGUUAUGAUCUUUACAGCAGUGCAUUAGCUGAUAUUCUUAGUGAACCAACAAUGCAGCCGCCGAUUUGUGUUGGGCUAUAUGCCCAGUGGGGAAGUGGCAAAUCUUUCUUGCUAAAGAAACUUGAAGAUGAAAUGAAAACAUUUGCAGGACAGCAGAUUGAACCUUUGUUCCAAUUUUCCUGGCUUAUUGUGUUCCUUUCACUUUCAUUGUGUGGCGGCCUUGGCUUGUUGCUUGCAUUUACUGUAGAUGAAAAACUUGGAAUAGCAGUGGCGCUGAGCUUAUUGGCACUGCUAUAUGUAUUUUUCACUGUAAUAUAUUUUGGGAGCCGAAGAGAAGGAGAAAAUUGGAAUUGGGCAUGGGUGCUUAGUACAAGAUUGGCAAGACAUAUUGGCUACAUGGAAUUACUUCUUAAACUCAUGUUUGUGAACCCACCUGAGCUGCCAGAGCAAACUACUAAAGCCUUACCUGUCAGGUUUCUCUUUACAGAUUACAAUAGAUUGUCCAGCGUAGGUGGAGAAACCUCAAUGGCUGAAAUGAUUGCCACCCUUUCAGAUGCCUGUGAGAGAGAAUUUGGGUUUUUAGCAACACGUCUUUUUCGAGUAUUCAAAACUGAAGAAACUCAAGGUAAAAAGAAAUGGAAGAAAACUUGUUGUCUCCCAUCUUUCGUUAUCUUCCUCUUUAUUCUGAGCUGCGUUGUUGCUGGGAUCACUCUUAUAGCCUAUUUCAAAAUGAAUCCUGAAAACAUGACAGUGAAUGCUAUUCUGAUUUCAUUUUUAUGUGUUGUGGGUUUAAGCUUUAUCUUGAACUGUCGCACGUGGUGGCAAGUGAUGGACUCCAUCUUAAAUUCACAGAGAAAACGACUUCACAGUGCUGCUUCAAAACUACACAAGCUGAAGAGUGAGGGAUUUAUGAAAGUUCUUAAAUGUGAAGUGGAACUGAUGGCAAAAAUGGCAAAAACUAUAGAUAGCUUUACUCAGAAUCAAACCAGGCUUGUAGUAAUUAUUGAUGGAUUAGAUGCAUGUGAACAGGACAAAGUUUUACAGAUGCUUGAUACAGUCCGAGUCCUUUUUUCUAAAGGUCCAUUUAUUGCCAUUUUUGCUAGUGAUCCCCAUAUCAUUAUCAAGGCAAUUAACCAGAAUCUGAACAGUGUACUAAGAGAUUCAAAUAUAAAUGGACAUGAUUACAUGAGGAAUAUAGUUCAUUUACCUGUAUUUCUUAAUAGUCGUGGACUCAGUGGUGCUAAAAAGCUGAUGGUAGCUGUAACCACGAAUGGAGAUGUUCCAUAUACAGAUAGUUCAGGAUUUCAUGAAGACAUUGAUCGAAGAAUUUCACAGAAUAGCCUGGGAGAUGUGACUAAGCUUGGAAGUAAAACAGCUCUCAAUAGAAGGGAUACCUACAGAAGAAGGCAAAUGCAGCGUACCAUUACACGUCAGAUGUCUUUUGAUCUGACCAAGCUGUUGGUUACAGAAGACUGGUUCAGUGAUAUUAGCCCACAGACAAUGAGGCGAUUGCUUAAUAUUGUUUCUGUGACAGGACGUUUAUUGAGAGCUAAUCAGAUCACUUUCAAUUGGGAUAGAUUGGCAAGCUGGAUCAAUUUGACAGAGCAAUGGCCAUACAGAACAUCCUGGCUUAUAUUGUAUUUGGAAGAAACAGAAGGUGUUCCAGAUCAACUAACUUUAAAAACAAUCUAUGAGAGAAUUUCAAAGAAUAUUCCAACAACUAAAGAUGUUGAACCUUUACUAGAAAUUGAUGGUGAUAUUCGAAAUUUUGAAGUAUUUUUGUCAUCACGAACUCCAGUCCUUAUAGCACGAGAUGUAAAAACGUUUUUACCAUGUACAGUGAAUCUUGAUCCCAAACUGCGAGAAAUUAUUGCAGAUGUCCGGGCUGCAAGAGACCAAAUUAAUAUUGCAGCAAUUCCAUAUCCUGCAAUGCCUAUACAAGAUGCGGCUCCCAGAGCAUCAUCAGUAUUUAGUCAGCCAUCAUCAGCCUGCUCUUCAACCCAUUCUUUUAAUGGACCUUUCAAUGGAGGAGUUGUAUCGCCACAGCCCCAUAGCAGCUACUACAGUGGAAUGACAGGACCUCAGCAUCCUUUUUAUAACAGACCAUUCUUUGCCCCAUAUGUUUACAUGCCAAGGUAUUACCCUGGCAGUUCUCAUCUCACCUCCCGUCCAUCACUAAAACCGAAUUUGUCCAGGGAGCAAAGCAAUGGUCUAGAUAUUAUCAAGGAGGAUGUUGAUGAGUGGCUUCCGUCACCCACAGAGCUCUCAAUGGGGACAGUCCCUGGAUCAGGAGCAUCCCAUGUUCCUUUGAGCUCAAUGAGUGUAGAUGCUGUGUGUGAGAAACUGAAGCAAAUAGAAGGACUAGAUCAGACUAUGCUGGCUCAGUAUUCUGCAACUAUAAAGAAGGCUAAUAUAAAUGGUCGUGUUUUAGCACAGUGUAACAUUGAUGAACUAAAACGUGAGAUGAACAUGAAUUUUGGAGACUGGCAUCUCUUCAGGAGUGCAGUGCUUGAUAUGAGAAAUGCAGAAAGUCAAGUUGUCCAUGAAGAUACUCGAACAGUGAAUGAGCAUGCCAACACAAUUCCUCAUAAUGAUCUCACUCGACGUCCAACUCUAAACAAUGAAUUGCCCCAUACAGAACUUACUGGUCUUCCAGGUCAACCUCCUUAUACUCUCAAUUUUAGCUUUGAAGAGCUGAACAAUAUUGGCCUAGAGGAAGCCCCUCCACGUCAUAGCAAUCUAAGCUGGCAGUCACAAGCCCGCCGGACUCCAAGUCUUUCAAGCCUCAAUUCUCAAGAUUCUAGUAUUGAAAUUUCAAAGCUUACUGAUAAGGUACAAGCAGAAUAUAGAGAUGCAUAUAGAGAAUAUAUUGCUCAAAUGUCACAGUUAGAAGGAGGUGCAAGUUCUAGUACAGUGAGUGGUAGAUCUUCACCACAUAGUUCAGCAGCAUUUUAUAUGGGCCAGAGCACAUCCACAGGUUCUCUUCAUUCCAGUAUGGAACAAGAUAAGGGAAAGGAUGCUGAACAGAAACAAGAUGAUGGAAGGAAAUCCUUCUUGAUUAAGCGGAAUGAUGUUGUAGAUUAUAGUAGUUCGGUAUCUACUAAUGAUGCAUCUCCAUUGGAUCCCAUUACUGAAGAAGAUGAAAAAUCAGAUCAGUCUGUAUCCAAGCUUCUUUCUGGGAAGAAAUCUUCAGAAAGAACUAGCAUUUUCCAAGCUGCAGAUCUGAAGUUGAAAGGGGUAGCUCUUCGUUAUCAAAAACUUCCAAGUGAUGAAGAUGAGUCUGGAACAGAAGAAUCUGAUAAUACACCUCUCCUCAAGGAAGGUAAAGACCGGAAAAUAGAAGGAAAAGUAGAGAAACAGUCCAAAUCUCCAGAACAUGGCUCUGAGCCCAUCAGAACCUUGAUUAAAGCAAAAGAAUAUUUGACAGAUGCCCUUCUAGACAAAAAGGAUUCCUCUGAUUCUGGAGUAAGAUCCAACGAAAGCUCUCCAAAUCAUUCUCUCCAUAAUGAUGGAGAUGACUCACAGCUUGAAAAAGCAAAUCUCAUUGAGCUGGAAGAUGAUGGCCGCAGUGGAAAAAGGGGAAUUCCCCAUAGCUUGAGUGGCCUUCAAGAUCCAACAAUCGCACGUAUGUCAAUUUGUUCAGAAGAUAAGAAAAGUCCUUCAGACAGCAGCUUAAUAGCAAGCAGUCCGGAAGAGAAUUGGCCAGCGUGUCAAAAAGUCUACAAUUUAAAUCGAACGCCUAGCACAGUCACCCUGAAUAAUAAUAGUGCACCAACCAAUAGACCCAAUCAGAAUUUUGAGGAGACUGACGGUAUCAUAGAACCUUCUCAAAUCAUUCUGUGUCCUGGAUCGAGUUCUAACUCAGUUGCAGUUCAGAAUGAUAAUAUUAAAGGUGUGACCCAUAAGCGUAGUCAGCGUUCAAGUUAUUCAAGGCUUUCACAAGAUUCUUCUGAGCUUCUUACUGUUACUGGUUCUGAUGCUGCAGGCUUUGGAGAAGAGAGAGAGAGUAUUCUUUGAAAGUAAUCCAAGUUACAACAUUGCCUCUGUCUGAUUUAUUUAUUUUUCUUUUUAUUUUAUACAGCUUCCUUUUCUUAGUUCCUCAUCAGAUUUACACAUUUCUUUAUCAUUCCAGUCUACAGCUUGCUUCUCUGCUCAUGUUGCUAUUUUCAUAAAAAAAAAAAAAGGGUUAGAAUCCAGUUCAAAUCUCAUGGUUUAGAAUAGAAAAAAUACGUGAUAUAAUGAAAAUUAGUUGAAUAAUGGCCAGCAUAAAUGAGCCGCCAUUUAUCAGGUAAAGAUGGUGUUCAAUUUUUCUAGGGCAAGUGUACGUGUUUUGGUCUGCAUGUUGAAAAGUGAUGCUGAAAUAAAAAUGAAUAUUGUACAUCUGUGUAAGAAUCAACGUACCAAUUUAACAUUUUUAAUUAUCAAAUAAAAGAAAUGGCUAGAGGUCUUCAAAUCUGAUACCUAUGAUUUUAUACUAUUCAGUUCUGUGACUUUAAAAAGUAUUGAUGUUUAAAUUGCUGAAAUUGAAAUAUUAAAACUCAGUUCUUUUGCUGGUUUUAAAUGAUUUUGUCUUCAGGAAUGCUGUAUUUGUGACUGCAUGUUUGAAAUUAUAAUUGUAGUUAAAGUUUAAGAAUAAAUUGCCUGAUUUUUUUUGUUCACCAUAGAUUAUAGUGCAACAAUAGUUCUAAAGUAAUUGUGAAGAGUAAAUGUGAUUGUGGUGUUCUGUAGUAUGAUUUUCAAGGGAGUGCUUUGAUGUACUUUUUUGAAAGUAUUUCUAAUUUUAAACAAUAGUGGCCUUUGAUUAAUGUGUUUUACUUGAUUGUGGAGAACAAACAGAAUUGGUGGCUUU